AUGACAAUAACAAAACCCGCCGCGAGUGGCCCGCUAAGCGAGAAUUGUGUGGGCACAUCCGAAAUUCGCAGAGUCAACUUGGACAAUCCGACUCUUUCGACAACAACCCUCCGACACAUCCCAACCCGGUCGACCAAAUUCGCGAUGGCCGAUAUCGACGUUAAGCUCGCUUCCUGGAAGCUGGUCGAGGUUGGCCGCCUCGUCCUGAUCCGCCGCGGCCCCUUCGCUGGCAAACUCGCCGCCAUCGUCGAGAUUGUUGACCACCGCCGUGUCCUGGUCGACGGUCCCUCCGGUGAGGAGCAGAAGAUCGUGCCCCGUCACGUUCUGCCCCUCGCUCACGCCACUCUCACUCACUUCGUUAUCCCCCAACUUCCCCGUGCUGCCGGUACCGGCCCCGUCAAGAAGCUGUGGGCUAAGAACGAGAUCGAUGGCAAGUGGGCCAAGUCUGGCUUCGCCCAGAAGACCGACCGCACUGAGCGCCGGAAGAACCUGACCGACUUCGAGCGCUUCAAGGUUCUGCGCCUCCGCAAGCAGGCCCGCUACGAGGUCCAGAAGUCCUACGCCAAGGUCAAGGCUGCCGCUGCCAAGUCAUAA